ACGUGUUUCCUUUCCGUUUUUAAAAACCCUACCCAAUACGAAAACGCUCCGUUUUCAAAUUUCGAACUUGGCGCUCUCUCUAAGCUUCUCCUCCCAAUCUCUGAGAUCCUCAAACAACAAUGGGUGCCUCUCACAGUCGCGAAGAUCUGUUGGAAAGUUCAGAUUCAGAAGGUGAAGAAGAAGAAGAAGCAAAUUACGAAGACGCUAAUGGAGGAAGCUCUGAACGAAGAGUCAAAACUCCUUCAUCCCUCGAUGAUGUGGAGGCCAAACUCAGAGCUCUCAAACUCAAAUACUCCUCAAAAACCUCCAACGCCGUCAAUAACGCCGUUAAGCUCUACCUCCACGUCGGCGGAAACACCCCCAAAGCCAAAUGGGUAACCUCCGAUAAACUCACUUCUUUCUCUUUCGUCAAAACCAACCGAAUCGACGGUGACAGCGACGACGACGACGACGAUAACGAAGACGAAGAACAAGGUUUCUGGGUUCUUAAGGUCGGUUCCAAAGUUCGAUCCAAAGUGUCUCUCGAUAUGCAACUGAAGACCUUCGCCGACCAGCGGCGCGUCGAUUUCGUCGCGCGUGCGGUGUGGGCGAUGAAGUUCUUCACUGGGCAAGAUUACAGCGCCUUCGUGGAGCAGUUCCAGAACUGUUUGUUCGAGAACACGCACGGCUUUGAGGCCACGGAAGCGAACAAGCUUAAGAUUUACGGCAAGGACUUCAUUGGGUGGGCGAGACCUGAAGCUGCUGAUGAUUCCAUGUGGGAAGAUGCAGAGGAUAGCUUCACGAAAAGCCCCGGUUCUGCUACGCCGGUGCGAGCGAACCAGGACUUGAGGGAAGAAUUUGAAGAAGCUGCAAAUGGUGGCAUUCAGAGUUUGGCUUUGGGUGCUUUGGAUAACAGUUUCUUGGUGAGUGAUAAUGGCAUUCAGGUUGUGAAGAAUUUCGCUCAUGGGAUUCAUGGGAAAGGUGCAUUUGUCCACUUUGGUGAUGGGUAUCAGAAUGGAGGCUCUUCGACGGUGCAUUCUACCCCCAAAAAGACGCUUCUUAUGAGGGCUGAGACCAACAUGCUUCUGAUGAGUCCAAUUGGUGGGGGAAAGCUUCAUUCAACGGGGCUUCAUCAGCUUGAUAUUGAAACUGGGAAGGUUGUGACUGAGUGGAAGUUUGGGAAGGAUGGUACUGAGAUUACGAUGAGGGAUAUCACCAAUGAUAGUAAAGGUGCUCAAUUGGAUCCCUCUGGGUCCACUUUUCUAGGAUUGGACGAUAAUAGGCUCUGUAGGUGGGAUAUGCGUGAUCGCAAUGGAAUGGUUCAGAAUCUGGCUGAUUCUAAUGAUUUGAAUACCCCUGUGUUGAAUUGGGCACAUGGGCAUCAGUUCUCGAGGGGGACUAACUUUCAGUGCUUUGCCACCACUGGUGAUGGUUCCAUUGUUGUUGGGUCGUUGGAUGGAAAGAUUAGGCUCUAUUCGGUUAACACUAUGAGGCAGGCAAAGACGGCUUUUCCUGGCCUUGGAUCUCCUGUUACUCAUGUGGAUGUUACUUUUGAUGGCAAGUGGAUUGUGGGCACAACAGAUACCUACUUGAUUCUUAUUUGUACUGUCUUUGCUGACAAAGAUGGAAAAAUGAAAACUGGUUUUGCCGGUCGGAUGGGAAAUAGGAUUGCUGCUCCGAGGUUGCUGAAGCUCACCCCUCUGGACUCACAUUUAGCUGGAGCAAAUAACAAAUUCCGCAAUGCUCAGUUUUCGUGGGUUACAGAGAAUGGGAAGCAGGAGCGCCAUAUAGUAGCCACGGUGGGGAAAUUCAGCGUGAUAUGGAACUUUCAACAAGUCAAGGAUGGUUCUCACGAGUGCUACCGAAACCAACAGGGUCUAAAGAGCUGCUACUGCUACAAGAUAGUCCUCAGGGAUGAUUCUAUUGUUGACAGCCGAUUUAUGCAUGACAAGUUUGCAGUCUCUGAGUCUCCUGAGGCUCCAUUGGUUAUAGCCACCCCAAUGAAAGUCAGCUCAUUCAGCAUAUCAAGCAAACGAUGACAAUCUGGACGCAGUCAUUGACCCAAUUGUCUGCUCUUUUGGCUUAAUUAAUGACAUUUCAGAUGUUUCAUUUAAAAACUUCUUAAUUGUAUGUAGGAUGUUUUAAGGUGUUGCUGAAAGGGAAUUCAGUGAUGUUUGUCUAAUUGUAUCAGUAUGUUCGAUUUUCUUUAAGGAAAAUAUUAGUUAGUUC